AUGGAACGUCAUCAAGGUAAAACAGUCAGCGGUGGCUCGAUGAUCGAAAAAGAUCCCAAACGAGAGUGCACUUACACCGUAACUUCCCAAGGAAAGUUGUCAAGCCAGAAGCAUGCAGAUCGUCGUUGCAUCAGUUCACUGCAAGGGCAACCAAAUCGUGCUUUUUUAUUACGCACGUUAGCUUGUCGAAACUUACAUCAUGACACGCACGUCGAUAAAACUUAUGUUUCGUCCAGACCUGGUCGAAUGCCACCAACAAUCUAUACUACUAGUCCUUAUGGUCACACUGGACGGCCGGAGGCAUUUGAGGCCAAUCUACGUCCGAAAUCAAGUGCACGUUCACAUACGGAAUUAGAACAAAGGCAACAAGCCCCGCCCUUGUGUCCCUCAAAAAGUGCACCUCCAAUCGCAACGUCUGAUAGCUUGCUACUCCAAAUACCGAAGCCACAAUAUUUGGCUGCUGAACGAACCGAAAAAGAAGCUCAGACUUCGCCCAAAAGCGAAUCCGCUCAGAAGGGAAACGCUGGUGUCGAAAAUAGUAACAAGGUUACCGUAAAUGAGUGUGUGGAUGGAUAUAGAGUGAACAAUGAGGAGUCUUCAGAUGCCGGCCAAUUACGACUGUUUGACAACACCACGUUGAAUGAAAAAACCCCAGUUCCAUACAUUGGUCCUGCGGUCGAGGACGACAAAGCCUUCACAGGAACUUUCUCCUCGUACGUUCGCCACUCGAAAGACUCAGACAAUGAUAGAAAUAAACUGGAAUUAAGUCCCAAAACUAUAGCAUUGUCUAGGGAUGCACAUGGCGACAGAAUUCCUUCAAGGGCGUGCGUAAGAUGGGCUAAUGAACAAAAAACUGCCAGUGGGAAAUGUGAAAAGGUUCUUCCAAAAGUAUAUGACUCUUCUGGUUUUCGCGGUGAUCGCCGCGAAGUGAAUUCCGGAUUGUAUCGUUAUAGAGGAGAUGUGGAUACUUAUAAUAGGGAUCCUCUGCGGAAAAUUCUGAAGCAGCACGAUUUUCGAGGAAGUAAUGAGGUACGCUGUAGAUCCACGAAAACUAGACAAAGUGGUCUUAUUCAGAGAAUCAUUCGGUGUAUAACGGGUGAAACAACUAGGGAAAGGAAUCCAGUUGAAGUUUCACAAUCUUCUACUGAGCCCAUUUCACAGAAAGAAUGGCCGCCGGGAUCGCUCAGUCAGACCACAGACACGGAUUGCGAUUCCAACCAAAACAAAACGGACGAAACAGAUAACACUGUUAGAGAUACACUAGAAACUUUCAGUCGGGUUCGUGUACCCGCCGACAACAAAAGAGAUCACAAUGUAAUACGGGCUCGGUUUUACUCUAACCAAAAACAAAUUAAUGCAAUCAAAACACGUCUGGUUACUUUGAGCAGACAGCAACUAACUGGUGCCAAAAAUGCGAAAGAAGAAUUCUGUCAAAUUCACGAGUCGCUGACAGCACUAGCCAAAAAAAUCGAGUUAAUGUCAACCACACUGGCUGAGCAAAACACAAUGGUGCAAGAAUUGAACAAGGUUGUCCAAGAUCUUCCCAGUAAAAUCACUCCAAUUACUCGACAUCCAAGUUCUAUCACACGACCGCAGUUUGGUGCGAGAAAGCCAUCUAGUGAUCAGCAUUUGGGUGUCCGUACGAAAAAUUAUUCAGGAAUACAGGUUCGAAGUAGGUCCGUUGCACGCUGCGACCAGAUUAAUGCUACUUCCUCGGGUGAGAGACAAGAGAAGCAUCCGAAUUUCAUGAGAAGGUCAUCUUCGACAAAUCUACCCACACCAGGUAAAGUUUUUAGGCUGGCAGAAGAACCCGAUGCGUCUAGGAGAGCGUGUUCGGUAGCAAAACACGAAGAUGAUAUGCUGAUUUUCGAUGCUGCCCCACGACAGUCGUCAGAUGUCUCCAGCCCAACAAAUGAGGAUCUACCUAGACCGGUGUCUCAGAUCGGCAGACAGAGCAGUACAUCGAAACUACUGAAAAAAAUAAAGUCACCCAGAAAAUUCACCCCUAAUGAGCAAGAUGUUAACCAAAAAGCCCAACCCAGCAAACCAAUUAGUGAAGUAGAAGAAUCUGUGUUUGAUAUUAAUCCCACCGACUUAGUCAGCUCGAGUCCAUCGAGUCGAUGUUCUUCACCACCCACCUUGCCCACCAUGAUUGAAGGUCCGAAUUCCAAAAGUAUCAAUGAACCACCACAGGGACUGCAGCGGUAUUAUCGUAUUGCUUAUGUCGACUCAGAAAGCGCAACACAAUCCAGAGUGGGACAUAAAUUAGCAGCUACUGCGCCAACCGGCUCAAGGUCCACCGAAUUCGGUACUGGCGGUAUCAAAUCACCAGAUGCACCGAAAGCUACGGAAAUCUUGAUUCCUAGAAAUUUCGUGAACCCAAACCACGCCAAAGAGACUAUUUCAAAUUUGUCAAAGGAGCAGCCAGUUAAAGAAAGACUGACAGUGAAUCCCGGAUCGCGACUUAACUACAGCGGAAGGUCUGUUUGCAGGAAGUCACAUAACGGAAAUGCAAGCGGAGAUGCGUAUUCUUUGAGGAAGAAAAAGUCGUUAAACCAAGUGCCAACGAAUUCGCAUAACGGAACACCACACACCGUUGUUGGCGGCUCAGGAGACGCGAGUAUGGAGAACACAAGAUACCAGCAUCGUUCGAACCGGACAACAACACGUAAGUUAUCUCCCGUAUUGAAUAAUAGUACUAUCACAGCUAAUUCAAAGCGAGUCUGGAGAAGUGAUUCAACUGCCAGGCCUAACUGCUCCAAUAAAAAUAUCUGCUCCAGCAUUUCGGAGCAGUCGAACCUACCCGAAACUCAAAUUCAGUGGACGCAGUUCGGAACACAACAAAUUUAUCCAUCAGCCAAUAGUUCAGGGCAUUUCGGUCUUCGCUGUUCCAGUUAUGAAAACCACAAUGUAGGCUUUUCAAAGAAAUCACCGGCGGAUGCGGCUGGUAAAACAGUUCAUCGAUGGCCAUCUCGUAUUGGGGAUUCAAAUAACAAUUGUGCCGAAUCAAGUGAUUUAGGACCAACUUACUUGGCUGAUGGGACAUCUUCAAAGUGUACAAAUAAUUCCCAGAAAAACGAUCGACAAAGGCUCGAUAUUGAGAGACGUAAACAAGCAGAUACAUUCCACUUCCUCAUGGCUCCACUUCCGGACCACUGUAAAGCGGCGCAGCUUUCGGCAGGUCAAAUAAAACCCACGGUUUAUGCGCUCCCGGAGCCAGAUAAUGUACCUACAACAAGUUACACGACACAAAAACUCCAAGCCGGGCGCGAUGCGAGACGAACUGAGGCUGAGAAAAAAUGGUGUGAGGAAUUAAAAAAAUUGGGCGUUAGAAAGUCUGAGCAGGAAAGAGAAGCACCGGCAGGAGAAAUCCCAUCCAACUUUGGGGACCAAAAGUUUCAAGAGCUAGACGAAAGAUCUGACACCAAAGACCCAGACGGCGCAAAAGAGGAGACAUGUAAAGUAGCGACGAUGUCCGUGGAUUAUAAAGAGCGACGAAGGGAAAGACUAGAAUCCAAGGUUCAAGAAGAUCUGAAAGCAAUACUAGCCAUGACGGAACAUGCGGUGGCGGAGAGAAGAACCUGGUCAUCUAAAUACGGACUCCAGGAGGCUAAACGAGACGAAAAAAGAGUAGAAUCUUCGUCAAAAAUAGAAGCUACGGCUUCUCAAGAAGUCAGUACCAGUGACCAACCACCAUCUCUCUCGAUAUCGACCGCCGGAACUGUCACUCCAAACGGCGAAGAUAAGGCGAUUGAAGUGGAUGCAUACAGCUUUAUGCCUAGUUCAAAACUCGAGGAGAAGACUACUAAACAGGCGAUUCCAUCGGUUUCUGUAAACAUUAAGGAAAACAGUAGUGAGGAUACUGUACCACCUUUCACCUAUCCAUUUGUACAGCCCUGCAAUACGGAACCAUAUCCGUUUUCUCACUAUAUUCCACUUUCCCAUACCAUUUCGAUGUCUUCCAAAGCAUCACGUGAUCCUCACCACCAUUGUGUACCUUUCGCGUGUGCACCAAGAUGCUGCUGCUUUAACCAGAUCAAUCCGGUUUUUUAUUCGCCUAACCAGCCUUGUUGUUGUGAUAGAAUUAAGGUCCAACACACAUGUGAAAAAUGUGGCGCACGGUCUUUGUCGAGACGACAGCGAUCACCUUACUCGUCUUCCUCUUCAAGUGAAAACAGCGAAUCAAAUGACAGUUCGUGUUCAUCCUCAGAAACCUCUUCAGUGAGCUCUUCAAGUUCAACCAGUUCCUCGUCAUACUCGGGAUCCGCUACGCCUAAAUUGAGACGACCUUGUGCCUCUUAUUUACCUCAUCCAACAUGUGCGAGAGAAGAUUCAAUCACGAUGUAUCAGACUGCACAGAAUUCUCAUCACACUUCAACACACCACGUAGGGUCUGCACUUUCCAAUCCGGUAACAGUGUAUGGAGAGCACGGUCGUAUUUGUACCCACGGGUCCUAUGAACAGUUAGUUUUUGCCCAUCCAGUCACACAAGGUGUCAGUAUAAACCAGGAGUGCAGCCAAAAGAAUGCUUGGACAACGCACGGUCGAACAACGUUAUUCAGACGAUGCAACGCCAGUACGAGGUACCCCACAAGGUAA